GGAAGGCAAAGAUGUCGUUGAAAUCGGUGAUCGAGCAUGAGGUGGUGGCGAAUCACGAUGCCCUCCGCUUCGGGCUGGACGGCGUUGAGGGCGACAUCGUUGGAUCCCACCCCCUCCAAUCCCGUCGCGAUUCUACGAGUAGAUUUUGGGAGGAGAAAAAGAGGAUGGGUUUGGACUUUACUUACGGAUCGGCUUUCAAUCUGAGGAGAGAUCUCGAUGCCCAAAUUCUAUCCAGUUACCCAAAGGAUUCUGAGACGCUGGUACUUGUAAGACAGACAGGCUUGACGAGAAGUCAGGUUUCAAACUGGUUCAUAAAUGCACGAGUUCGUCUUUGGAAACCUAUGAUCGAAAACAUGUACAACGAAGAGUUUGGAGAUACCGAGAUUGACUCAAACUCUUCCUUAUCAAAUCCACCCAAACUGAAUGAAGACAUCCAACCCUCUGAGGACCAUGAAGACUAGCAGAACCCCGCAACUGGAAGAUGCAAAACGAGCCAGAUAAGUGACUCCUGAAGACCCAAUACCGUCCCAACCAUGAAUGUGGCCACAUCAGCUGCUGCUUUCCGAGAUGGAACAACUACACGAGAUUCAUAUCCAUCGAUUGGACAAGAUUCCAGCUUUUACAAGAUGCUCUAGCUGGCACAGACGGGGUUUUUGGUGUAUCAGAUGGCUGAGUUAGGUCAAAACAGUGGGGGGUCUCUACCACUCGGGCUGCAGCACUGUGAUGUUAGCUUUCCUGUAUCAGACAAUCAACAGAGCCUUCUCGCCGUGCAGGCUGCAAAAGAUGCAAUCGAAUCUGAACACCAAUUUGGAUCAACAGGUGUUGCAUGAUUUUGUUGCUUGAAUUCAUCUGCUUCAGCUAUUGUUGCCAUCAUUGCUUGCAAUCUUAUAGGAGAAAGUGAGUUUAGCGUGGUAAUGGAGAACAGGAGGUGUUGGAAUUAUGGGGUAGCAUUUUGUAAACAUAGAAUCAUUUUUGUAUAACCUACGGCAAAAGAAAAAAAAAUACAAUUGAUUUAGGUCAA